AGAAGUCAAGACUUAGGGACCUCAUCAAACAGCUCUCUAGCUAUUAGCUGCCUCUCUUUCUUUGUUAAUUUCUUCUCCUAAUCUUCCAUGUCUGAUGAAUCAAGAGACCUUUAUUACCGAUCUUUCUUCCAUGACGAUCAACAUAAUUUAUAUGCAACCGGCGCCAUGUACGACCAGAAGCCCUCUAAUAUCCCUGCUGGUUCUUCUGUUUACACGACUUCACAAGGGUUUGAUGCUGGAAACCUCAACUUUACCGACUGCUUAAAUGGAUUGGUGGAUUAUAAUUCUCUGGAAAAGGCCUUCGGCAUGUCACCUUCUUCCUCUGAGGUGUUUUCUUCCAUUGAGGGUAAUCAGAAAGUGGUUGGUACAGAUGACUUGGGUGAAAACAUGGCGACCCCAAAUUCUUCCAUCUCUUCUUCUUCCUCAGAGGCUGGUGCAGAAGAAGAUUCCGGCAAGAGUAAGAAAGAUACGCCACCAAAAGGGUCCGACGACGGAGGAGAAACCCCUAAGAAAAUUUUUGAUGACAGAAGCAAAGAAAAGAAGCAAAAGGAAGAAAAGAGGCAAAAGGAGCCGCGAGUUGCGUUCAUGACAAAGAGCGAAGUUGAUAAUCUUGAAGAUGGGUAUAGAUGGAGAAAAUAUGGACAAAAAGCCGUCAAAAAUAGUGCUUAUCCAAGAAGCUAUUAUAGGUGCACUACUCAGAAAUGCACAGUCAAGAAACGUGUGGAGCGGUCAUUUCAAGAUCCAUCCAUUGUGAUCACAACGUAUGAAGGCCAACACAAUCACCCCAUCCCAACGACGCUGAGAGGCAACGCCGCGGGAAUGUUCCAGCCCUCUAUGUUACCGCCGACGCCGAUCGACCUGUCUGGUGCCUACGCUCAUCAUGAAUGGCUCGGGGGUUACUUGCCUGGUGCAGGCAAUACGCAGAUAUACCCACAGAAUAAUGUUAACGUCUCUUUUGAGCAGUACCAUCAACAGCAGCUUCCUGAUUACGGGCUCCUGCAGGACGUAGUUCCUUCUAUGUUUCUCAAAAGAGAGCCAUGAAUCCGCUAGCUUCCCCUCUCAUUGUAAAUAUUCUUACUACUAUAUAUAUAUAUAUAUCUUGGAAGUGAGAUUGUAGCCAUUGAUUGGGAAUUAGAGUUAAUUUGCUUGCAGUGCCUCUUUGCUCUCGAAGGUUAGAAAAUGCUUUAUGUUGUUGGCAUGGCGGUCAGAAACAACAUCUAAGAGCAGGAAAUGCAGGUAUUUUUGACUGGCUUUUGUACGUUUUUUCAUACCAUUUAAGUUGUCCAAACUUUCAACUAUGUCGGCUGAGAUGAAAUUGCAAUUUGAGUCACAAUGUCAUAUUUAUUAUAUUUGC